CACUUGACUGAUGGGCUACGCGACGUACCUAAAAUCAUAUUGUGGAAAAUUUGAAGUUUGUUGUUUUAGUGACAACUUAUCCAUAAUUAUUUAUGAAAGCUUCGCGCUAAUUACCAUUCCAGGCGCGAGGCAGAAUAAUUCUGUAGCGGUCAGCCUGGAUGCGUUCAGUCACUAACAGUUCGAGCGGUGUACGGUAGCCAUCUUGGAUUCGAACAAAGCUUCAGAUGUGUAGUUUGUCUGUUUAUCAAUAAUUUUUGUGCAUUUCCCUGUAAAUAGUUUGUAUGUUUAGGAUAUGUACGGAACAUUCGUCCACAUGUGUAAAUAGCUAUGGCUGCGACAAGAAAAUUACAAGGUGAGAUAGACAGGUGUUUAAAAAAGGUCACAGAAGGGGUGGAGACGUUUGAGGACAUCUGGCAAAAGGUACACAAUGCGACGAACAGUAAUCAGAAGGAGAAAUAUGAGGCAGAUCUCAAGAAGGAGAUUAAAAAACUCCAGAGGCUACGAGAUCAAAUCAAGUCAUGGAUCGCUUCGGGCGAGAUUAAGGAUAAGAGUACACUUUUAGAAUAUAGGAAACUAAUUGAAACGCAAAUGGAGAGGUUUAAAGUUGUUGAAAGAGAGACAAAAACAAAGGCAUACUCUAAAGAAGGGCUAGGUGCAGCACAAAAGCUGGACCCGGCGCAAAAAGAACGGGAUGAGAUGUCCACGUGGCUUAUAACUUCUAUUGAUGCACUUAAUUUACAGAUUGAUCUUUUUGAGUCUGAAAUGGAAUCACUAUUAGUUGGUAAGAAAAAACGGCUGGAUAAAGAGAAACAAGACCGCAUGGAAGAGCUCAAAUACAAACUAGAAAGACAUAGGUUCCAUAUAAAAAAACUUGAAACAUUAUUACGAAUGCUAGACAACAUGUCUGUAGAAGUUGAACAGAUAUUGCAGAUAAAAAGAAUAAGAGAAGAUGUUGAAUACUACAUAGGGUCGUCAUUAGAGCCUGGGUAUGAAGAGAACGAGUAUAUCUAUGAAGACAUCCAUGGAUUGGAUGAGAUUGAGCUAAGCGGAGUAGGGUUACCGUCAUCAGCCACUACCGACAGCAAUAACAGCAAUGACUCACCCGGAUCACCCACUAGCAUACUUUCAGGAACGAGUCCAAUCGCGUCCCCCUCGUUAGACCUCCACAACCACGCGACGGACUCAAUAGACGUAGAUAAGAAGAAGAAAGAGGAGGUCACGACUAAACCGGUCAAACCGCUGCCGCUGCGGGUGACGUGCGGCGUCAGUAGUAGUCCGGCUAACGUUAGUUUGCUCAAUAACUCCGCCGCAUCCACAAAUAGUAUAAACAACACGUGCGCGUCCGGCGCGUCCACCCCCAUCAAGCAGCCCGCGCCGCCCUCGCCGCACCUCGCCAGACCCAGCGAAGUAGUGGAGAAUGGGCCGGUGUCGAGCACGCCGCUGCUGCCGGCCGCGCUGCCCGCGCACGCCGUGCUGGCCGCGCACGUCGCGCUCGCCGCACAUUCCAUACCCAAAGCAGAAGAGCAAAUUGUCCACCUAAUGACAUCAAAAAGCGUGUCCUCGACGACACUCUCGUCGAGCGCGGCGACGUCGACGGUCGCGAGCGUGGUGACGAGCGCGCUGGCGUCCGGCGCGCCCUCGCCGCUCACCGUCAACGGGCCCACGCACGCGCGAGCGCACACGCCGCAGCACGUCGUUAACAAUGGGCGAGUGAGCGAACCGCCGAGCACGCCGGCGCUGGCCGUGAGCGCGGCGAGCGCGGCGAGCGCCGUGAGCGCGGGCGGCACGGCGUCGCUCAAGAGCAUGGCGCAGGAGGCCGUGCAGCGCGCCGGCCUCGACCACCACCACUCGCAGUCGGCGCUGGCGCGGCGCGGCCUGUCGCUGUCGCAGGCGCACAUCCCGCCGCUGCUGGGCGUGGCGCCGCUCGGCCCGCUGCCGCUCAACAACGUGCAGUUCCAAAUGAUGGAGGCCGCGUUCUACCACAUGCCGCACCCGUCCGACUCGGAGCGCACGCGGGUCUACCUGCCGAGGAACAUCUGCCAGACGCCCGUCUACUACAACCAGGUGCUGCUACCCCACUCGGACUCGGUGGAGUUCUUCCAGCGCCUGUCGACCGAGACGCUGUUCUUCGUGUUCUACUACAUGGAGGGCACGAAGGCGCAGUACCUAGCGGCUAAGGCACUCAAGAAGCAGAGCUGGCGAUUCCACACCAAGUACAUGAUGUGGUUCCAGCGACACGAGGAGCCCAAGGUCAUCAAUGAGGAGUAUGAGCAGGGCACAUACAUAUACUUCGACUACGAGAAGUGGGGCCAGCGGAAGAAGGAGGGCUUCACGUUCGAGUACAAGUACUUAGAGGACCGCGACCUCAACUGAGGCGCCGAAAACUAUCCGUCAUUCCGUUACCGAGCGCGCGGGCCGCCCUCCGUGACGGCGGCUUGUACCAUACCUUCCUCUUCCGGCGGUCCGCAGAUAUCAUGUGAUGCGAUAAGAUAGUGCGGGCGACCGCUGAACCAUUGUGAUAUCGAUUUAGGAACCCGUAGCGUACUCGGAUGCCGUACGACCGUUUUAUUCGACUUUAUUGGACUUUUUAAGCGGCUUUAUAUAUUAUGUUAUAUAUAAAAUAAGAAUGUAAAUGUCCCAGUAAAUAUUAAAUCAUGUUUUUAUAAUGUGGAAUCUCAUUUUUAUAAGAUUUUAUGAAGUCGUUACAGAUAAAAUGAGUGUUAAACCUGCGCCUGACAUGUUGAAUAUUUUAAGCUGCACGGAACUUGGCGUCGAAUAAUAAAAUUUACAUCGAAUGUAUAAAUUAAUAAAUAGGACAUAGUAUAUUUUAUUCAGAACACCAUGUGAAUGAACGUACCUCUAUCGGAAAAGCAAUAUAUAUUUAAGUAGUAACUAAGAGUCCAAUAAAUUUUUUAUGCUAGUCAUAGUACUUGAACGAGGCAAGAGGCGACGCCGUGUACAUCAUACACAUACGCCGUGUCGGGAGAGACGUGUCGAUGUCGGCUUGGAGACAAUUCGGGGUGUGUACUCGGCGGUCAGUCGACCGGGUGGCGGUCCGAGAGCGCUUCGGGCGAUUCGUUUUAAAACUUGUUUGUAGCGACUGGAUUAGUUGAAAUUAUAAUAGGCGCCGACUCGCUGGUGUCACGGAAGUAUGGGCCGAGUGUGAAAAUGUAUCGGUUGAUGACCAAUAUUUGGUACAUUCAUUGUUUUGAUCUAAUUUUCAUAGAUUCAUUGGAUCAAAUUUGCUUCGGACGAAAAUAGAAUUUUUGUCUUGUAAUAGUAACAGGUUUAUUAUUAAGCUCGGAAUGGCUAUGUUCAAGUGCCUCAAUAUCUACCUGGAAAAGAGAAUAUGGAUUGACUCCAAACUGUGUAUAAAGUAUUCGGAAGUGGUCCGUGACACCCGCGAGCCCGUGCUGACCGUAGCUAAGGAUCUCCGGAAUGAUGUCACCGGUACACUCUUUCACCUCCAAUGUUGAAAAUUAGUAUAACAUUAUUGUAUAUCGACUAUAUAUUUAGUGCAUUUAAAUCGAACAAAAUUUGAUAAAACUAUUCGAGCGUGUAUAUAUAAUCACUGCCAUGUGUAUUUUAUUUAUAAAUAUAUCGCGUAUCGGGGAAUUAAAUAGGACAGCUUGAAACGUACUUAUUUAUUUGUGAUAUUUCCUCAUAGAGACGAGGUGACGGAGUGUACGGGUCCGUUUGAUAAUCCGUGGAACGGAACUGUGCUGCCGGAUGGUGUAUCACCGCCGAUGACGACCAGUGGGGAGACUAUUCCAUUUAGUUAGACCGUAGAGUGAUUCCGUAAGUCCGCGGUCGCGUCUAUUGCGCGGCCGCGGCGACGCGUCGGCCGGCCGGGCGGGCGCGGCGAGCGGUAACAGCGCGAUCUCGUUAAUUCCGUGCGUGGUGUUGAUAGUUUUCAUUUUUGUAAAAAGUCUAUCGUGCGAGCAGAUGAAAUGUGGUAAAUAAUAAUAAUUUAAAAAAUUAUCUGUACAGUUCUAUUUGUAUAGAAAUAAUAAAUAACGAUUAAAAAUUAAAAACCAUGUUGUGAUUUCUUCUUAACGAUUAGUUUAAGUGCGUCGGUUUAGAGCGCCGCCUCGUAUUGGGGCGUCCGCGUUUAUCGCAUUUCUUUUUCUUAUUUAUUUUUUAAUUUGAAAGAGAUGACUGUUUACUUUGUAGAAUAAAUUGUAAGAAAGCA